UUGGUGCCAACUCUGUGUCGGCGAGUGAAGCAACUGUCACUACUCUAUCAGUUAGUGGGGGUGAGUGUUUCAUUUGCUCUGAUUCACAUGUCAGGUUACGUACAGCGUAAGCACUACGCUGGCAUCUGAUCGGCGGCCCAGCUUUCUCGGUGGUCUCCUUUAGUCAAGCAGCUCCGAAGCAGGAAAGCCGAAAAAAAUGAAAUAUGCGACCCAAAAAUCUCUCAUAAACUACUGACGUAGGUGUUCCUGUGUCGGAUGAUGUUGUACCUGUGCUGCGAGUCUUCUGCCGAAUUCCAAGAUGUUUCUAUCAAAGGAAGAUGUCUCGAAAUUUCCGAACCCACUAUUCGUGGCCUUCGAGGGAGCAAUCAUUGUGCGGCUCCUGCCUCAUGCCACGAGAGCGUUCGUCUACGAUAUCACUUUCCAUCUCAAACACCCGCGACUUCUGGCACUGAACUCAAAGAAGCCCCCACUACACUUCCAUCCUUAUCAGAAGGAGUACAUGCAAGUCUUGGAAGGCGAACUCUUUGUGGAAGUCGAUGGUGUAGAGAUGGCAUUGGCUCCGGAGCACGGUGAGAUCACCGUGCGCCCAUGGCAACAUCAUCGCCUUUAUCCACAUCCAAGCGGCGGUAGGGACACCAUGAGAUUUCUGCUAUCGGCAGACGAUACUCCGGAAUCGUUCAAGAUUGACAACGUCUUUUUCCAAAACUGGUACGCGUACCAAGACGAGGUUGUACUACACAAAGGGGGACAUUUCGACGUGUUGCAAGUCAUGAAUAUGUUCGACGCUGGGGGUUCUUAUCUCUCCUUACCGACCUGGAUGCCUUUCCGAUGUCAAAUAUCAAGAGCUGCUGGAAUAUUACUGGGAAGAUGGAUUGGCGGUCUUGCAGGUUAUCAGCCAUUUCGCGAAGAAUGGACAACAGAAUGGGAGCUUGCAUGCAAAAAAAUGAGCGAAACAUGGACUCUGCGAAGAUUCGCCCACGGCAUACAAUAGAUGUAAUAAACUGCUGUAUCACUUGCAUUGUAUGCCUGAUCAAGCAGUCCGAAUAGCUACAAGCUAGAUACAGAAAUG